GCCUUAUAACGAACCCUUCAUUAAGCAGAGUGUGCGUGUAUCACACACAGCCAUUAUACAUUCUAUUAUAACCACCUCCUCCGCACUGGGCUGCUCCCGUGUGACGAGAACUCUUUGAGCUAUUUGCGGCGAAGGUUCGUUAUUAACUCACCCCUUGAAUGACAAUUAUUGAUUGUGCGAUGGGCCUAUUGUGGGUUCACUGCUCCCACAGCACGGGGAAGGAGAUGAGGACAUUUGGGCCAGCUGCUGUUGCAUUCCAUCUGCACAACGGUCAAGUCCAACUUCCAGCACUGGGGUACGUAUGAGGCAUUUCCAAUCAUGUUUCGUAAGCGCCUUCUCUCUGUGUCGCAUGCGUACGGGUCACAUCGCAAAGUCUUGAGUCCAAAGACGAGCUUGUUUUUACACAAGUGCAGUCAAGAAAAUGAUCAAAAGACCCCUGUGUGACACUGUCCCAUGAUUUUUGUCCACUAUGACUGACUGGGCUUUCUGUGGACAAGAAAGGAGCCCAGUGGAAGGCAAUCGUGAAGUCGACUGUGCCAAACAUUGACGAGGAAAUGGUGGUUCCCGGUUGCGCAUCCUUCGCCAUCAGAUGACUGCUGCACUGCAGUGAUUCCACGCCCCCGCGCCACUUUUACGCAAAUGGCGUCGAUGAAGGACAGCGACACUGGCCUGUGGCUUCACAACAAACUGGGCUCCACGGACGAGUUGUGGACGCCGUCGAGCAUCGCGUCGCUCCUCACCGUGUCCGUCAUCGACAACAUACGCCUGUGCUUCUCGAGCUUGUCGCCGCCCGUCAAGCUCAAGUUGCUCCUUGGGAUGCUGCAUCUCCCCCGGCGGACCGUGGACGAGAUGAAGGAGGCCCUCUCCGAGAUAAUCCAGCUGGCCACAGUGGACUCUGAGCCUUGGGUGUUGAUGGUCGCAGACAUCCUCAAGUCUUUUCCAGAGACGGGGUCCCUCAAUCUAGACUUGGAGGAGCAGAAUCCAAACGUGCAGGACAUCCUCGGCGAGCUCAGGGAGAAAGUGGGGGAGUGCGAGGCGUCGGCCAUGCUUCCUUUGGAGUGCCAGUACCUGAACAAGAGCGCGUUGACCACACUGGUGGGACCCCUCACGCCUCCCGUGAAACAUUUCCAGCUGAAGAGGAAGCCCAAGAGUGCCACCCUCAGAGCGGAGCUGUUGCAAAAAUCCACAGAGACUGCACAGCAACUGAAGAAGACUGCCGGAGUGCCUUUUCAUGCCAAAGGGAGAGGUUUAGUCAAAAAGAUUGACACAACCACGCCUCUCAAAGGGAUUCCCAAGGCCCCGUUUCGUAGCCCCACAGCCCCAAGUAUGUUCAGCCCCCCCAGCAACCGAACACCUAUUGCACCAGCACGCACACCCCUGCGGAAGGAACGUGGGGUCAAGCUGUUGGAUAUCAAGGAGCUGAACAUGGUCGGAGCCGGGAGAGAAGCAAAAAGGCGGCGAAAAACCUUGGACACGGAAGCGGACGAGAAAGCAGCCAAAGAAGAAGCAGUGGUGGAAAACACCACACCUGAUUAUGCCGCGGGCCUCGUCUCUGCACAGAAACUCGGGGCGCUGAACGAGAACCCGCUGCCGUCAACCAGCUACCUACCGGCGACGCCCAGCAUGGUUCCUUCCUCCUCCUACAUUCCCAGCUCCGAGGCUCAGCCAGCAAACGCGGGCGGGUCCGGCUGGGACACGCUGCAGUCGGCUCGCCAACCGGAGGAGUCGGCGACGGCGGGCGCAGGCGCCCCCGCCGCCACGCUCCCGGGCCAGUACAAGCAGAGGACGCCGAUGUACAACGCGAGCACCACGGCGAACCCGGCGACCCCGACGUCCCCCAGCACGCCCGCCUCCACUCCCGCCAGCAACGGGCCACCGGCGGCCGCCACAGCCGGCCAGCCCGAGACACCCGCUCAGCCCCCCAGCACGCCUCAGACCCCUACACCGACACCCACCCCCACGCCGCCACAACCUCAGCCCAAAAAGAAUCUCUCACUGACGAGGGACCAGAUGUAUGCAGCUCAGGAGAUGUUCAAGACGGCCAACAAGGUCACCAGACCAGAGAAGGCCCUCAUCUUGGGCUUUAUGGCAGGAUCCAGAGAGAACCCGUGCCCGGAGCAGGGUGACAUCAUCCAGAUCAAGCUGAGCGAGCACACCGAGGUGUUGCCCAAAGCGGACGGCACUGGCAGCACCACCAUGUUGGUGGACACGGUCUUCGAAAUGAACUACUCGACGGGUCAGUGGACUCGUCUGAAAAAGUACAAGCCCAUCACCAACACCUCGUGAGAAGCGCAACAGGUGGACUCUACUCGCUCACGACCACAUUCGCUGACAUUCAAGUGUUCGCAUUGGGGCCAAAAUGAGGACCCGGGGAGGGGUGUGCUGACGAAAGGAGAGAAGGUUCUUCCUCCUUCUGCACACACACACACGCACACACACAGGAUAUAUAUUUCAUUCAUUCUCCUCCCCCCUUUAUCAUUUAGUUCUGGCACCUGUGCGAAUGUCUCGCAAAACAGCCAGCGGUCAACAACGCACCAUUUUUUUCGUCACCUUUUUUUUCCCGGACAAAUUGAAAGAAAAUAAAGUGACAUCAGACUGUUA